AGUCACAGAUACAAUAGCCAGCCUCAGCACUGGAAGCAUGGAAAACAAGCGACAACCAGAUCUUUUGGAAACUCAGCCACUGCAGGAAACAGAUGAGGAACUCGCCGCUGACAUUGACUAUACAGAGAUAAUAUCUGAGGAAGAAAAAGAAGAGCUAAAGAAUGAACUGACCAAGCUGGAAGAUGAAAUAGUAACUUUACGUCAAGUGUUAGCUGCCAAAGAGAAGCACCUGGCAGAGAUAAAGCAUAAGCUGGGAGCCAACAUGAUGAAUGAACUGAAGCAGAACUUCAGUCGUGGCUGGCACGAUGUGCAAACCCAUUCUGCGCCCGGCCCAGCAGUGAUGUCAGCUCGGCCCAGGACAGAAGGAGCGCAGGGAGAUCAGCUGAGGUACAAGAAGACACAAGAAACCUUAAGCCAAGCUGGGAUGAAAGCUUCUGCUGCAAUAACAAAUGUGGGAAGUGCCAUUGGAAAGAAGCUAGGAGAUAUGAGGAAUUCUCCUACAUUCAAGUCCUUUGAAGAGCGUGUUGAGAACACAGUGACGACACUGAAGGCUAAAGUAGGAUCCACAAAUCAAACUCAAGGAAGCUUUGAAGAGGUUCUGAGUUCUACCGCUCAUGCCAGUGCCCAGAGCUCGUUGGCUGGAAGCCUCCUGCCUGAAGCUGAGGAAGAGUUACAGUGAUGAACCUACUGAAAAGUAAUAGCUGCUCAGUCAUAACGCAUCGCCUCAUGUAGAGUAACGUUAUCAAACCGUUUAUGUCAGACAGCAAGUGUUUUUGUUUUAAUACAAUUAAGGUAAUGGUGUAUGCAUUGUACUGAUCCAAAUGAGCACAUCAAAUCU